CCCCCUUCCAUCGCAACCUACACCCUGGGCUCAGAAUCCGGAUGAGUAAAUCGCCUGGUCAUCUCUUUCGUGGGAAUUUUUCUAGCUUUUCCAUUUUUCUCUUUUGUUUCCUCUAUUAGCUUAUUGUUAGGCACACGCAAGUACUACUCUAAUGGAGAAGAGUCGAGACGGAGGAGGAGGCGGGAUCAAGCGCUAAGCCGGAAGGGGUGAACCCGGCAGUGAAAGUGAUCCGGUGCCUGUCGGGCUGAAACGUACUGGACCACAGAAGGUUCUGACCUCCGAAACUUGGAAAACACAAAGAAGUAGAAAAAAAAAAGGAAGCAAAAGGAAUCUAUAAUCCCACAACUACAGAUCAUCUUAUUAACAUUUUGGAUCUCAACUAAAAGGGAAGCACCUUCGAAGAGUGAUUGCAUAGUUGGCAAUGAAGAGCACUGAAGUCUGAACAGGCAAGCUGCGUUCACCUCAGCUCUGUCUCUAUCUGGCAGAAUGAAUAAUCAUGAUUAAGUUACUUGACUUCCUUGGGCAUCUGGAUACCUAAGAAUUAGACAAGGAAAUGCUGAAAUGAAUCGUCACCUGUUUGUUUGGCUUUUUAGACAUCCAUGUCUUAAUGGUCACCACCAGUGCCAUGUCCAUCUCCAUUCUCAUCAACUUACACAGAUACCUCUUGACACAAGGCUGUGGGUUUUUAGACGAAACAGGAAUCACAUUCUCCAUUGUCUGUUAAGUGAGAAUUGGUCCAGGAGAUAUUGUCAUCAAGAUACCAGGAUGCUCUGGAAGCGUAAAGCACUACAGAAAUAUAUGGAGGACCUGAGUAAGGAGUACCAAACACUUGAUCAUUGUUUGCAGCAUAUCUCUGUGAGUGAAGCAGACCGGAGGUCCUUGAGUCAACGGCAUGCUGAGCUGGCACCGCUUGCAGUCAUUUACAAAGAAAUUCAGGAGGCUGAACAAGCCAUUGAAGAAUUAGAAUCAAUGUGUAAAAGUCUGAAUAAACAAGAUGAAAAGCAGUUACAAGAACUUGCUUUGGAAGAGAGGCAAACCAUUCUUCAGAAAAUCAACAUGUUAUACAGUGAGCUUCUCCAGAGUCUAGUGCCAAAGGAGAAAUGUGACAAAAAUGAUGUUAUUUUAGAGGUGACAUCUGGAAGAACUACUGGAGGUGAUAUCUGCCAACAAUUUACCCGGGAAAUAUUUGAUAUGUAUCAGAAUUAUUCAAGCUACAAACACUGGAAAUUUGAACUUCUGAAUUAUACACCAGCUGAUUAUGGUGGGCUACAUCAUGCAGCUGCCCGAAUUUCCGGUGACAAUGUCUAUAAGCAUUUGAAGUAUGAAGGUGGGAUUCACCGAGUUCAGCGAAUUCCUGAGGUGGGCCUGUCGUCAAGGAUGCAGCGUAUUCACACAGGAACGAUGUCAGUUAUUGUCCUCCCUCAACCAGACGAGGUAGAUGUGAAAGUGGACCCCAAGGAUUUACGAAUAGAUACAUUUCGAGCCAAAGGAGCAGGAGGGCAGCAUGUUAAUACAACUGAUAGUGCUGUCAGACUUGUCCAUGUCCCCACAGGACUUGUAGUAGAAUGCCAACAAGAACGAUCACAGAUAAAAAAUAAAGAAAUAGCUUUGCGUGUGUUGAGAGCUAGACUCUACCAGCAGAUUAUUGAGAAAGACAAGUGUCAACAACAGAGUGUGAGAAAACUGCAGGUGGGAACAAGAGCCCAGUCAGAGAGAAUUCGGACAUAUAAUUUCACCCAGGAUAGAGUCACUGACCACAGGAUAGCAUAUGAAGUUCGUAAUAUUAAGGAAUUUUUAUGUGGGGAGAAGUGCCUGGAUCAGCUGAUUCAGAGAUUGCUUCAAUCAGCAGAUGAAGAAACCAUUAAUGAAUUUUUGGAUGAAAACCUUAAAUCAGCAAAAUAAAUACUGAUUUAUAAUUUA